AUGCGCUGCCCACUUCUAAUCAUCGCCAUCAUCUGCUCGAUCGCUACAGUAUCCUCGGCAUCCUCGUUCCUCAACACACUUUGUCUGAAGUGCAACGCGAGCGUCGAAAUGUUUUUGCCCGCCGACGUCGACACGUUCUACGCAAUGUCCGAUCUAUUCAUCAAGGUAUCGGAGGAGGAGCAGAAGUACUGUACACCCCUGAAAUUGCUUUAGGACGGCGUGUGCGCCAAGUUUGGCGAGAGUUUCGCCGACACGUGCUACACACUGAUCAAUGUGCCGCUUCGCGUCCAGUACAAUGUCGUUUGGACGUUUGUGAGCCCGUUCCGAGAGCUCAUUUGCAUGCCGUUUUGCGUGUUUGCCAACUAG